UAGUCGUCCCAACAAGCGGCUCCAGAAGCAGAAUCCAGACAGGAUUAUCAGCAGCAGACGCGGCCGGGCCGACAUUUCUGGCCUCGGUUCUCCUCCAGGUCCCGGGCCUCGUUCCUCAGACCUCACACCCGGAGACAGCGUCGUGUGGACGGAGAGGGAUCGGUGUUGGAGCCUCUGAAGGAGUCAGGAUGACGGAGGAAACUGAGCCUCACCAUGGACCAACGGGACUUCAGGAAUUCCCAGAACGGCGUGAACAUUUGGAGUAGCUUCGUGCCGAGGGUGGAGGCGGCUACUGUCGCCUUCGUCUGAUUUAACGGACCGAGACGCCGUCCACAUCCUGCCUCAUGCUCUAACCACAGACCGGUGGGUCCACCAGCGUCAUGGACUACCACGCCGAGUGCUGCUUCUGUGACCCCGAGGAGGGUCACGGUGGCCCCGAUGAGCCCCCCCUCCACAGCAUCCACGCCCACAACCGGAUCCGGCCUUCCUCGUACCGAGCCCUGAGGAGCGCCGUGUCCAGCCUGGCUCGCAUCGACGACUUCUUCUGCGAGAAGAUCGGCUCGGGAUUCUUCUCUGAGGUCUUCAAGGUGCAGCAUCGGAUCACGGGGCAGGUGAUGGCCCUGAAAAUGAACACGCUGGCUAGUAACAAAGCUAACAUGCUACGAGAGGUGCAGCUCAUGAACAGACUCUGUCACCCCAACAUACUCAGGUUUCUUGGAGUUUGUGUGCAUGAAGGUCAGCUCCAUGCUUUGACUGAGUACAUUAAUGGAGGUAACCUGGAGCAGCUUCUGGACAGCGACCUGUACCUGUCGUGGGGCAUCAGGGUGGGUCUGUCCGUGGACAUCGCCCGGGGGCUGCAGUACCUGCACAGCAAGGGAAUAUUCCACAGAGAUCUCACCUCCAAGAACUGUCUGGUUCGCUGUGAUAACGGCGCCUUCACUGCUGUGGUGGGAGAUUUUGGCCUCGCGGAGAAGAUCCCUGAUUACAGCGACGGCGCGGAGAAGCAGCCUCUGGCCAUCGUAGGAUCUCCGUACUGGAUGGCCCCCGAAGUCCUGAGAGGGGAGCUGUACGAUGAGAAGGUGGACGUGUUUGCAUACGGUAUCAUCUUGUGUGAGAUCAUCGCCCGGAUUGAAGCAGAUCCUGACGUCUUACCCAGGACAGAGGACUUUGGUCUGGACGUGGAUGCGUUUGAGAACAUGGUUGGGGAUUGUCCACCUGCAUUUUUUAGCCUCGCCGUCACCUGCUGUAACAUGAUUGCAGAGAAACGUCCCUCGUUCUCAAACAUUGUCUUGACGUUGGAGGCCAUGGAGAGCGAAGAAGAAAGAGAAAAGUCCAUCGCACUCGAGCCGGUGGUGUUGGACGUCAGCCCGUACCGACGCCGUAGUUCCCCCUGUCACCCUGCCGACCGUAGCCAGCUACAUCAAAGCUUGGCGAGGAGCCAGUCGGACAUGCUGCCCCCCACGGCCCUGACUCCCCCUCUCCUGGGGACCCCCGCAAGGGUCAACCCCUUCUCCCUGAGACAGGACCUGAACGGGGGCCGGUGCAAACUCCUGGACACUCCCAGCAAGUCCGUCAUCUCCUUGACCUUCACGCUGCCGGCCCUGCUCGACCCGUGCGCCUCGCCCCACCUCCUCAGGGGGGCGCCGGGGAGCCGGGCGCUGCCGAGGAGGUGCCAGUCACUCCCUUGCACGCCGGAGUUCAGCCGGACUGUGGCCUCGCCCAGAGACAUGGAGCUGAAGGGGGAGGGAAAGGACAAGUCCACCGAGGUGGUAGCCAUGGAGGGAGUGAUGGGUGAGGAUGAGGGGGCCGUGGACGUGACGGAGGACAAAGAGUUGUUAAAGAAGAAGAAAGAGGGUGAGGAUUCAGGUUUUCCCAUUGAGUUGGAGAUGGUGUCUCUGGAGCGGUUGGAGGAGGAGGAGGAGGAGGAGGAGGAGGGUGUAUGUCUAACAGAACCCAUGGACUGUACAAAGUCUCCAGAACCAGUCCUGAACUCCCCUCCUGCACGACCUCUGCUCACCUCCAGCUCCUCGCGGACCAACGGGUGGCCGCUGCCCAUCUCCAGCGAACCGCCCUCGCUGCCACCGCUGCCACGACUGGACAACAACAACGGCUCGGGCCUCGUGAUUGGCCAGCAGGUGCAGUGGGGUCGAGGAGGGGGCUCUAAUAACGGUUACAGCGGAGCCCGGGUUCUGUCCGCCGACCGCAACGGCAGCUCCGAGCAGGACGAGGUCAUUUCCUGUCCGGGCUGCUGCCUCGCGGGGCUGAGUUUCCCCUCGAUGUGUCUCCGCGGCUCGGCCGGCGUCUCCGCGUCACGCCGAAGGGCGUCGUUGCCACGGCAGCGGCCCUACCGCAACCUCAACGGCACCAUAAGCGGCGGCGGCGCGUCCUCCCCAGCGGCAGCGGCCAAGACGCUGCUGUGUCGCAGCACAAACGGACUCCUGAUGGCGGCGCCGCCCGUGGGAUGUGAACCGGGCCGCUCUCUACCAGAGGCCCAGUGAUAAACCUCCAAGAGAACAAAAGUAGGAAUGAAACUGAAAACCGGAUACCGACGGCUCAACCAGACUCCAGGGAUGUAACGAUACACUCAACUCACGAUUCACGAUAUUGGGUUAACGAUUUUUUAACAGAAUGAGCUUAGAGACAAAUUAUUACUGAAAAAGAUUCCUUUAAUUAUUUCUGAGACAAGGUUUUUAAAAAAGGGCAACUGGGCUCGUAGAGUUUCUCGAAGACGCUUCAUCCGAGCAGCUUCUUCGGUUCUAAGAGACUGGAGGGAAGUUAAGGCUUAAAUAUGAAACUCCGGGUAAUGGUGCGUUCCAUUCGUACUCAGAAGCCAGAAUUUCCGAGUUCGGAGUUGGAACUGGAAGUUGGGUUUUCUCCUCAGAAAGUCGUAGAAUCCUCACUAAACCCGAGUAGAGUUUCCAAGAUGGCCGCCCCGUGUGCAAACAGUGAUUAGAAGCUCCUGUAAUAUUCCGUUUAUUAGCUUUUCUGAUUUGUUUUUGUUGCACUAAAUCAGUCGUACAGACAGUAUUUUACCACAUACAUGCGUUGAAAUGAUGUUACAGUGUAAUUUAAGUUUUUUAUGUGUUAGAUGGGAAGUACAAGCCCACGUCACGGUAACAACGGCUAAAAAGAACAACCUGGUAAAACCAAAACAGAGACAAACACCAUCGUUGGAUCAAAUUAUCUGUUCAUUUACAAUUUGUGUAACUUAAACAGCUUAUAUUUAGUUUCACAUUAGAGUAUUAAUAAAAAAAAAACUUUAAUUUCACUCUGAAUGAAAUGUAAAUAUUGAAUAUACCACGUUAUAUUCAGAUCAGUUUCUGUAGAGCUCCAGUCUCAAGGUGAGAAAGGGGUUGAAACUUCUUGUGGAAGAAGUUAAGACUGGAUUGUAGAUGGACGGCAGAUUAAAUCUCUGUCCAGGUCCUCUGUCUAAGUGAAGGUUUGAAACCAUCUGUCCUCUCUAAGACUUUGACGUUGCCGUCUUCAAAGGAGUGUCCUUUGUCCUUCAGGUGGAGAUGGACCUCUGGUUCUUACAGAAACAAAUCCAGCAAGUUUCUGAUGUUUUUUUACCCACAGAGUUUCCUAUUUAAAUCUCAGCUUCCCACCAGCAGGCCACCUUAGAACUGAAGAAGCUACUCGGAUGAAACUGUUUCCUUUUUUGAACCAUGACCUGGAUUAAUAAGAACCUUCAUGGACGUAUUUCUCAGAUGUGACUCCAAAACACAAACUAUGCAAUGAAUGCAUAUUAAAAAACCUGUAUAUUUAGAUGUUCAGACUAAAGAGAAUCACUUUUUCUAUGUAGUUAACGUAUGACGUCGACCAAGUGAAUUCAAAACAUACGAGGACGGCGCCCUCUACUGUUUAAAAGGGGAACAGAGAUUCAUGUUUCUAUCUCAGCUGAUUUGAAUCGUCACACACUUGUCUCUUGGUGCAUCGUUACGUCCCUACCAGACACAUGGGCGCUGAUCCAGAACCAGACCUCCACCCGUCACCUCCUACGCCUCCUGGAACCACGGCUGAUGUUCUGGUUCAUUAAAAACCUGGGACCAAGUGAAGUCCUGGUUCAGGUGUCAGGUGUAAAUGAUGUCCAAAACUCCCAAGAGCAAAAAAACAGCUGGGGUUUGUCUUUAGCGUCCUCCUUGUUUUUGUCUUGGGGGAUGAAACGUCACUUUUGUACUUUGUGUUGCCUUCCUUUAUUGGGGAGGUUUGGGAGGAACGGUGUCACCGGAUCAGACUAGUUCUAGAGACAUGAAUGGGACUCACCUUUCUACAUAACAGAUUGUAAUGCUCAGCGCUAACUGCAGGGGUGGGAGGGUAUUUAUAAAAAAAGAUGAUUUACUUCUUACAUUUUUAUAGUGUGACCCAAUGCUUUGGGCGGCUUUCAGUGUAAAUACGUUAUUUUUUUGCACUUCAGUUUGGAUCACUGUGCAGGAAGACACCAGACGUUUACUAGAUGGUGCUUUAUGAAAAAUCUGUGCUACUGGUGAUUUAUGUGUGUGUGUGUGUGUGUGUGUGUGUGUGUGUGUGUGUGUAAAAGUUUUUUCCUUUGAAAUUUUCUACAUUUUUACAUAAAAAUGACUCAAACCAUCAACAGGAUUUUAACACAAGUCUUUCAAAAUCUGAUCACACACAA